UUAUUGCUAUUGUUGAUGAAGAGAAUCAGCAAAAAUGAAGAAAUUGUAGAAAAACCCCACAAAAGGUGGUUUAUGGUUGGUGGUGGAGAGGAGAGCUCAACCGCAGAGCUUAAAAAGCAGCAAUACAGCCAAAGAACUUCAAGUCUUGUCAAGGAUUUGUAGUCAGAAAUGUUUUUCCCUUUUUAGUUGGGUUGUUGGAGGGGUAUAAGGAGAUAUUAUGGUUCAGAUAGUGGAUAUUGAGCAAGGUUCUAGAGAUUUGGGCAAGCUCCCCUGCUCUCAGUGGUUUAGUUUUGAUGGAAAGGAAGAGGUGGGAAUGGGAGCAGACGGGGUUGAUAGUUGGUCUAUUAGGGAAGGCUGAUCAAUGAAUCUCAGAGUUAUUUCUUGGAAUGAUGGGGCAAAAGAGAAGUUAAAUCUCUAUUCGUUUGUUUGCUAGAAUCCAAAAUGGACUUAAAUGUUUCUUGAUCUGGUCAGGAGUCUGGGAGUGGAUCCUUUUAAGAACGGGCUGCCAUUUUUUGAUCUUCUUGUAGACCCUUGGAAUAAUUUUUUGGUUGUGCAAACCAAAGCGAAUGAUGACCUUGGGUUGUACCAAGUCUGAAACCCAGUGGAUUUAUUUUUUGUCCCAUACUCCCCCACUACUAUACAUAUUAAGACACGUAAUAUCUGUGGACUUCUUUUUAUAUAUCCAUCCGGAUUUUUUUAAACACCUGAUAGAGUUUGAUGCCAGGGGUGUUGCUGGCGUAUUUGUUGUUCCUGGAAAGAUGGAUUUUUGAAGUUGUUAGUGAGGAGAUGGGUGCUUUUUUCCCAAUCUUGCUGGUUAAAAAGUUUUGAGGAUGGAUUUUUGUGGAUGUUCUUAUGCUUAUGGUCAAAUUUAUGGGGUGUGGAAAGGGGGUUUUGCGGGAGGAGUUUCUUAAGCAUUGAGGAGUGUUUUCUGAGUUUAUUGAGGUGUUUCGCCUCUUGAGUAUGUCUCUACUGGAUGGGGCUAUUGCUUGUCUGGUUGCCAAGAUAGACAUCUGUUUUCAGGGUGGAGUGCUUCAUUUUUUUCUGGGGUAAUUAGGAGGAAAAUUUUCUAAAUUUUUCUUGUGCCGUUCUCCUAAACCAGUUUCUGCCAUUUUCCUAUUCUUCUUGACAGUGGUGGAGUUAGGAGAGGGGGAUGACCAUUCAAGUUUUAAAACAAAUGGCUUAAAUUGGAUGGAUUUGGGGCUCUCUUAACAAAUUAGCUAGUUGCUCAAGAUUUGUGCUCGCUAAAAAGUUGAAGGCUCUAAUAGAAGAGGUUGGAACCAAGAGGUGCUUGAUAAUGUUGCCACUCGUAAAGCUUGUACCUUGAAGCAAAUUAGGUUCUUUUGGUUUAUAGCAAUUAAAAACUUUUGUUUGAUGAAGUUUAAUCGCUCAGCAGUGUUGGAUGAGACGUGUUGGAGACAGAAGUCAAGUGCAGGGGCUCAAAGAGGAGGGAUAGAAAUACUAAAUGUUUCCAUAAAAUGGUCUAUGUUCAUAGGAUAAGUAUUUUCAUCAAUGGUUUAAAGGUGAAUAGUGUGUGGCUCUCUCUAGUUUCAGAUAUCAAUUCAGGGGUAUCUACAUUUUUUCAGUGGUUAGAAUUUGGAUGCUGGUGUUAGGAAGCAGAGCAUUCAGGGGGCGAGUUUUAGAUCUUCUGAUGGGGUUGAUAGAAUAGGAUUAGUGAAAAGGAGGUGGUAGUGGCUUUGUUUAAUCUAUGAUGGGAUAAAGCCCCUGGUUUAGAUGGGUUUACUAGGACUUUUUGGCAGUGGUCUUGGGCCACAGUUCAGGGAGAGGUGUUGAGGAGUCCUUGGUGAUUUCUGCAAGUUUGGGACUUUUUGAGAGGAGUUUGAAUGACAUUUUUACUGUUUUUGUUCCUAAAACAAAGGGGUGGAGGUCAUGAAGGACUUAAGGUCUGUUAGGUUUUUAAGGGUUUAUACAAAGCUAUUGGCAAAGACUGGUUAAUAUAUUGAAGAAAGUCAUUGUUGAACUGGCAUGUGAAUUUCAGAACUGUUAGUGGAAGGGAGGUGGAUCCUGGACAUUGUUCUUAUUCCCAAUGAGGGUAUUGAUUCUAGGCUGAAACAUAGUUGGGGUUGCUCGCAAGUUGGACAGCGAGUAGGCCCAAAGCAUGUGAUUAGGAUUUCUUGUUUCAAUUAUGGGUAGAAAUGGGCUCUGGUGAGAAAUGGAUUGGGUGGAUUAUGCUCUGUAUCUCCAGAGUGAGGUUCUUCAUGUUGGUUAGCAGAACUCCUUCAGGUUCUUUCAAAGCUUGCAUGGAAUGAAGCAAGGGGAUCCUCUUUCUUCCUAUCUGUUUGUUUUAUUUAUGGCAGCUCUUAGUUGUUUCAUCUUGAGGAUCAUAGAGGGUGGCUUCAUUAGAGAUCUCAAAUUGUGGGGUUGAGUUGGAAGUGGAGAUAUCACAUUUGCUCUUUGCGGACUCCAUAGCCAACAGCCCCAGAUUCCAAAGCAGAUACAUUGUAAAGUGUUUCUCCAUUAAAAUGGCAAGCAGCAAUACCCAAAUCUUAAAAUGCCUCUUUCAAUGCUAGUUUCCUCUAAAUCUUACAAUGUUGAGGCCCCUUGUUUUGCUAGAAAAUCUGCUUGUGAGUUAGAAGACUCGACAUCCAAAAGGAUUGCUUAAAAGCUUACCACCCUCAGUGUGUGGGAAAAGAGGACUCAUUUUCAGAGACUGAAGAAAGCUGGACUUUCAGUAUGAUAUCUGUUGGAAUAUAUGUUGGACGCUUGAGAAAGAUGCUCUUUAAGCUGAACAGUUUCAGUUGUACAGCUAGUGACUUUGGUUCAAUGCUAGGGUUUCCAAGUCAAACACCCUGUUAAAGAAAGAGAAUUACUGAAGUGACUCUGAUUCAACACAAAUCUAAAAAGAUCAAGAGAAGAUCAGUUGGUAAUCUCUAAUUUUAAGGACAAUGGAUAGUGCUCAGGAGCAUAAGCAGGUGAGUAAAGGUAAGGGGGUGAUGGAAAGUAAUCUGACCUCAACUAAAAGAGAAUUUAUUGGAUGGGGUUCCAAAGUCCUUAUGGAGUUCCUUGCAUCCAUUGGUGAAGACACAACCAAAAAAUUGUCAAAGGAUGAGGUGACUUCCAUUAUUAAUAGGUACAUUCAUGAAAAUAAUCUCUUUGACCAAAAAAACAAGAUGAAGGUUCUUAUAGAUGAAAGAUUGCUCCCUGUUUUAGGGAGGAAAUCAGUGAAUAGAUAUAGAAUAAGUAACAUUGUUGACAUCCAUUUGGCUGAAAACCUGGACCAAUCAGAGCAAGAUGAGUCUGGAUUUGGUUCAAAAGACAAGAGUGAGAAUGUUAUAGUGACCUAUAGAAGGCAAAGAAAGUUGUCCUCCAAUAAACCUCUGAUAAAGGAACUGGUACGGGGCAUCCUGCAAAGCCAGUUUGCGGCCAUAGUUCCUAAGAAUCUCAAACUUGUCUAUUUGAAGAGGAGUUUAGUGCUGGAAUUGUUGAAGCAGCCUGACUCUUUUCAAAGAAAGAUAAGGGGAAGCUUUGUGAAAGUGAAGUCAGGUGCCCAUUUGUACUCACACCAUCUGAGUUAUCAACUCUUCCAAGUUAUAGGCGUAAAGAAAGCAUCAAAAACUGGGGAGAUUGAUUCAGAAAUUCUCCUCCAAGCCCCUCUGGCUAAAGAUAUUCAUAUUGACAUGCUGGUUGAACAUGACUUGACCAAGGAAGAAUGUGAAGAAUAUCGUCAGAAAGUAAAAUAUGGCUUCUAUAAGAGGCCUACAAUUGUGGAGUUUGAAGAGAAGGCUAGAAGCUUGCAUGAGGAUAUAACAAAACAUUGGAUCAAGAAGGAACUAUCACGACUGCAAAACCUAAUUGAUCGAGCAAAUGAGAAAGGAUGCAGAAGCGAUUUCAUUGGCUACAUGGAGAGAAAACAACUGCUCCUGUCACCAGCUGAACAGUUGAGGCUUUUGAACGAGGUUCCUGAAGUCAUUCCCGAUUUAGAAGAGUUUGACCCUGCUGCUGAGGACUCUUACAAUGAUGAAAAACAUGGAGAUAAAGGCUCACUGGAUACAAUCCCUACUUAUAAGACUCUGGACGAGAAUAUGGAUGCAAAAGGAUAUUUAAUGUGUGUUGCAGAUGCCGCAGAAAUUAUGGAGUUGAUGGAUAAAGGUGAAAUUGAACAGAUUCCAGAGGAUACAAAUGAGAAGAAAACAUCGUCUGAACCUGAAUGCGAAGCAUGGCACUGUCUGGGACCUCUUGGUGAAAGACCUGGGCCUUUUUCACCAGCAUUGCUCAAAAUAUGGAGCGAGCUUAAUCUGGGUGCUUCAAGAUACAAGGUCUGGAAGGUCGGACACAGCCCAGAAGAAGCAAUCCCCUUGGGUGAUGCUCUUUGCCAGCUUUUCCCAGAAAAGUCGAAGAAAAACUUGAAUUCUAUAUGACUACCUGAUGUUCGUAUUGUCAUAGACUUGGGUGUUUCAUGUUCCAUCCAGCUAUUUAAGUGCUGAUUUGAUGCUCACACAUUGUCACAAACUUAGGUGUUUUUCUGUUUCACCGAACUAUAAGUCUAUAAGUCAGCAGUUAUUUAAGCAGGGCGUGACCCUGAACCUUCAAAUCAUUCACAAUAACUUUCCCAUAGAGUAGACAUUGUUGCUGCUUCAAUUCCCCGUUUGUAUCUGUUAACUCAUAAUCAGGAAGUACAUCUUUGUUGUAAAGUAACCAUCAAUUUUUUGGUAUGCCAAUGGAAACCAUUUGGCGGUUAUCUUCUUCCA